AUGCGGCCUUAUAUUCAGCAGUUUGCGCUCAAUACGACCCUCACCCUGUGCUACGGCAUCCGCAUGGACGCCGUAUACGACGACCUUCUCCGGGAGAUUCUGUACGUCGGCUCGGCCAUCUCCCUGCUUUGCAGCGCGUCGGAGAACAUGCAGGACUACGUACCUAUCAUGCGCUAUUUCCCCAACAACGAGAAGAACAAGCGGUCCAAGGAGCUCCGCGACCGCUGCGACGCCUACCUUAACCUGCUGCUGGACAAGGUCCGCGAAAUGAUAAAGCUGGGCACCGACAAGCCCUGCAUCUCGGCCGCCAUCCUCAAGGACGAGGAGACUAAGCUUACAGGUGUCGAGGUCUCGUCCAUCUGCCUGUCGCUCGUGUCGGGCGGCUUCGAGAGGAUCCCGGGAACAUUGACUUCGGCCAUCGGAUCUCUCAGCACGCCCGAGGGCCAGAUCUAG